CGUGCCCCGUCAGAAAUGCGAAAUCCUUAUUAGCUCUGUGCACUAGCUCGUAGUACAGCUAGCAGAGCUGGUUUUGUAAUUCCAGAAUGCAGGCCUGCCAUGCUCGGCCAGACUGUCGACGCCGGUCGCCAAAUCGGAACUUUCCUGUCCGCGAAAUCCGCCAGUGGUGCCGCCAGAGCUAGAGGCGCCUACUAUACCACACCGCCAGCCUCCUCUUUGUCGACGAUAAAACCUCCUGCUUGGACCACAACACUAGUAGGCGGCAAGCAUUCAUUUUCCAACCUCUGUCGUGUUGCAUUGAUCAAGUUAUCGUUACUGUCCCAGAAUACGUAAAUCGGAGGAGAGCUGUCGCAGAAUACGUAUAUUGGAGGAGAGGAAGAAGAAGGUCUUGCCGAGCCAUAUCUUCAGAUUAUCAAGCAAGAUGGCCCGGCAACUUGGGUUGACGGUACCCAUCAUCCUGAUGAUCAUGUCCUUUCGUUAUGCAUUUGCGGACAGUACAGUUACAAAACAGUCGCUUUUUGCAUUCGAUACAUAUUGUCAGUCGCCAACUUCUAAUAGGUGGAACAAGGUGAUGGUAUUCAACCAACCUCGAGAGAUGUUGCUUGGCCAGGCCAUCAUGCAUUGUGCUAGAAUCAACAAACGACUGACGGAUUCCUAUGAUUGCAGGGAUACUUGGCGGAAUACCUACAACGCCAGGGUUUACUGGAUGAGACCGAAAUCAACUUCGAAGUUCUUUGAUAGCAACAAUAUCGAUUGGUAUAAAAUGCUGACUCCUAAACGAGCAGUUGUGUGCGAAGGCGAUCUUGAAACGCCCGAGCCAGAGACUCUGAAAUCAGAGGAUUUCCAAUGUCCAUCAAGCAAUACAAGACUUCGGUACUUUGACAUCAAGUUGCCCUAUUGGGAAGCCGUAGCCGUGUGUGCCAAGGUGAACGGAGAUAUACCUCUGAAGACGUCGUGCCCAAUCAGGUUUAUGGAAGACAUUGGCCACAGAGUGGGUACGAAGCCCAUAACAUGGUUGCAACAUGGCGGCGAAUCCCUUGAGGUUGGAAUUGGAUCCAAUGGUGCCAAACACAACAUAGCUACUUUAACCCAGACGACCGAACUCAAGGUUGUGUGUGAAUUGCCUAAACAACUGCAAUGCCACUCUGAACCGAUGACAAUCAUCCAAUACUUUCCCGUCAAAAAAUCCAUUUCUGGAGCGGUAGAGGUGUGUAGGUUGUUCAAUGGAGAGAUCCCAACAACGACCCAAUGCGUGAGAGAGAACUUUCCAACCACUGGUGCAUCCGUUGCUUGGUUGAGAGAUUCUAAGGGAACUAGGGGACGCUAUCAUUUGGCAACUGACUCGCUUUUCUACGACACUACAUAUCGACCCGAACACAAACACAGCGUUGUGUGUAGAAUUUCACCAGCGAGCAGCCACCUGUGCUUGAGGACAAGAACGAACAUCUUUGUGUACGCCAAUCUAGCUACGGUAACACAGGCCGAGGAGCAAUGCCGAAGUCUAGGCGGACGUUUACCGGCUGGAAGUCAGGAAGCUGAAUGCCUAGAACAAGCCGUUGACACGGUGGGCGCACACGCUAAUGAAAUCCGGCCGUGGCUGCUGAGACUUUUUGAUAAUCCCGUGAGAGAAGGCGACCGGUAUACUCUGCACAGAGCUGUUGCACCGCCAAAUGAGCACGCACGCAACACUGUGGCAUGCGCCUUCAGUCUGAGGGAAUACUUCUGCACCCAGGAAGUAAGCUUGGUCCAUUAUCCACAGGCUAACAUGGAUAGCGCCGAAAAUAUGGCGGCAUUUUGUCAGAAUCAAAAAGCUCGGGUUGCGACUGACGGUGAUAUGAAGUGUGUUGAAGAUUUCAGAUCUCUGAUUCUCUCAGAGACGGGUCACUUUGAACAAAACUUUACUUACCAGUUGUGUGUAGUCCGUACUAGUAAGUACAUCACACACCAUUGUGUUUAG